AACAACACACUUGGUCUAGAGUGGUUAAAGCACUUUAACGCGCAUACAAAGACGCGCCAGGUGGGGGGCAGAACUCUACUUAUUAUUAAUGGCCAUAAGAGCCACUGUUUAGUGGCUUUCCAAGAUCUCUGCAGAGAGAAGAAGAUAAUCACUCUCUGUAUGCCCCCACACUCGUCGCACCUGUUGCAGCCACUUGACGUCGCCUGCUUCUCGCCACUAAAGCGCCUGUAUAGC